AUGUAUGCAAUCAGAGAUCGUUGGGUUCCGGCUUACAUAAAACAUGUCUUUUCUGCCGGUAUGUCAAGUAGCCAGCGUGUUGAGAGUAAUCAUGCAUUCUUCAAGAGGUACCUCGAUAGGAAAUGCUCAUUGAAUGACUUUUUCACACGUUUUAGCAGGGCUAUUGCACACCAACGACAUGAAGAGUUGAUGGCUGGCCACAUCGACUUUCAUGAGAAACCAAGGAUCAACACGACGUUUGCAAUUGAAAAGCAAAUGGCCGGAAUCUACACGAAAACUAUAUUUUUAUUGUUUCAGGCUGAAUUUGAGAAAAGCUCUAGCUAUAUAUGUAAAAUGAUGACGAGCACCAACGAAAGCCGCAUUUAUGAGGUUUGGCGGUUUGAUAUGGAAGAGACAAAUCAACGUCGACGACAUUUAAUAUAUCAUGUGGCCGAGGAUCUUAUAACUUGUAGUUGUAAACACUUUGAGUUUGAAGGAUAUCUUUGCCGACACAUGCUAUGUUGGAUGAGGGUCGAACAAGUGAUGCUUGUACCGAAAAAGUACAUUAAAGAAAGAUGGACGAAGAAUGCAAAGAAAAACCUUAUUUAUGCAACGUCACAUAAUCUUGUAGCAGGUCAGUCUAUCCUGGGUAGACGUGGGACAUUGUCGCAGUUAACACGAGAGCUCAUAGAUGAAGCAUCGUUGACAGAGGCCAGGAGCAAAUAUCUUAUGGAGAAAAUCGAAGUUUUGAAGAUUGAGAUCAGUGGAAUAGAUGUAGAAGAAUGCACAAAUAAAACUUUGAACAGAAUAAAAAGUCGAGACGAGAUUGUUCGAGUAAGCGACCCCGAGCCUGUACGUACAAAAGGUUGCGGCAAACGUCUAAAAUCAGGAAAAGAAAAAUCCAUGUCACAGAGUUCCCGAACAUGUAGUUUCUGCCAUCGAAUUGGCCAUGAUAGACGCAAAUGUCCCGACUUGUCAAUCUUGGAUAAUAUUUCGACGGACCUCUGA